AUGGCUCGCCUCUUCAUCACCAGUGCCGUGGCGCUAUUCGCCCUUUCUGUAACCGUGCAGGCUAUUGCGACUGCCACUGAAACCGACAUGCAAGUGACUGCCCGUCACGAGGGAAGCGAUGACUCCAUGCCCACGAAGGUUGUGUUCGCAUGCAGCAAGCUAACGUCAAAGUCGCGUUUCUUGAAGUGCACAAGCUGCACGACACUGUGUGGGAAGAGAUUUGGAGUCAAGGGUACCAUGAUAAGGCAUGUGGUCGGUCACGAUAGUGAUGGGGACGGUGAUGACGACACAGACAAGAUCAUGCGCCUCAUCUACUUGUGCAAUCGCAAUGAGAGAUGCUUGAAGUGCCGCGCCGGCUGCAGACGUCGAUUUGGGCUGAAGAAAACCAUCAUGCCGGGUGGCGCGGGGGAGGAGAGCGCAAGGCGGUAAGGCUUUGGGGACAGGAGAUGGCACUGUUGUGUGUCGAAAAAAUGAAGUCGAGCACCUUCGUCGCGACUAUGGGUGAGGGCAUGUGGCGUCGUCUUCCUGUCUCUUCACGUACAGUUCGCAUUGUAGGGAGAGUUCUGUUGAGGUUGUGCAUUUAUUUUGUUAGAGUUGCCGCACAAGAACCGCUUUUACACUGCAUUGCACGUGCAGAUGCGGUUUCAGUGCGUUGUAGCUUGUGUGAAGUAGUCAAGCUCAAUUCUGAUGGGUUGAGGGAAUCAAUACUGCAGCAUGAUAGACACGGGCCAUCAACUAUGGGUCUGAUCAUACCGAAAUUACUCUGCCCCUCGACUCUCCGUCUUUCAGGAUUGAUUAGCUGCUCGUACUUGUUAUGGCUCUACAGAAAAGCAUUCGAAUCCUUUGAUCCAUAGGGCCAAAGUACCGAAGCCUGGUUAGGGGCGUAUAAAGCAACCGAAAAUUAUU